AUGACAAUACAACAGUGCAGCUGCCGGCUCCUUGAAGACCACAAGACCGCCAAUGCAGCACGGCCUCUCUCCAUAGCGUUAUCCAAGUACCGCAGUUACAGCAGCAGGCUGCAACAGCAGCAGCAGCAGCAACAGCAACAACAGCAACAGCAACGGCAACAACGGCUGCGAAGGCAGCAGCAGCAACAGCAGCAGUCGCAACAGCAGCAACCACCGCAACAACAGCAACAACAGCUGCAACAGCAGCAGCAGCAGCAGCAGCAGCAAGUGUUUGUACAUAGUAAAGGAGACAAAAUGGUUGCUGCAGAUAUUGGAGAAGGAAAUGCAGCAGCAGAGAGCCUCACCUUUCAGCCAUUGGAUGAGCGUUUGGAUAUAGCGAAGCAAGAAGAAGAGAUAUUAAUCAAGUGGCGAACAGAAAAUACGUUUUAUAAGUCGCUGACUUUAUCGCAAAACAACAAAAAAUUUUCGUUCUAUGACGGACCCCCCUUCGCUACAGGGCUGCCUCACUACGGACAUAUUCUCGCGGGCACCAUCAAGGAUGUGGUGUGUCGUUUUGCGCACCAGCGAGGGUUUUACGUAGAACGACGAUUUGGCUGGGAUUGCCACGGGCUGCCGAUUGAAUUUGAAAUCGACAAAACUUUAAAAAUAAACACAAAGCAGCAAGUGCUGCAGUCAAUUGUGCUGCGGUAUUCAGCAGAAUGGGAAAGAAUCGUCGAGCGUACGGGGCGGUGGAUUGACUUCAAAGGCGGUUAUAAAACUAUGGAUAAGAACUUCAUGGAGAGUGUUUGGUGGGUGUUUAAGAAGUUGUAUGAACAAGGACGCGUUUAUAGAGCUUUUAAGGUGAUGCCUUUCUCUACUGCAUGUGGCACUCCUUUAUCAAACUUCGAAGCAAAUCAAAAUUACAAAGACGUCAGCGACCCCUGUCUUAUUGUCGCAUUCAAGUGUACAGACAACUCGUUCUUAGGAGACUCUGUUGAAUUUACUAUCUGGACAACCACACCCUGGACACUGCCCGCUAACUUGGCGCUGUGCGUACACCCCACGAUGGUCUAUGUGAAGGCUUUCAUCAAACCCAGCAAGCGCACUCUCGUCUUCUUGAAGGAGCGCCUCGAGUGGAUGUGCAAACAUGCAAGUCUUAAGGGUUUAGGGUUUAGGCUCAAGGUGGAAGUCUCGGAUGUUGAAAUUCUGUCCGAAUUUCCGGGGGAGAAACUGCGCGAUCUGUCUUACACCCCUGUCUUUGACUACUUCGCCUCCGGCUUCCCCUCUGCUUUUAGGGUUUGCGUAGACACCUUUGUUACGUCGGAAUCUGGUACUGGUAUUGUACACUGCGCUCCUGCCUUCGGAGAGGAUGACUAUCGCGUGUGCAUUGCAAACAAGAUAAUAGAAGUUGGGGGUCCUUUGGCUUGUACAAUAGACGACAGCGGACAUAUACUUUCGAGUGUAUCUUUGGGUAAAGGUUUAUAUUUUAAGGACAGCAAUAAACUUGUUGCUGAAGAAUUGAAGAAAGAAGGGAGACUAUUAAGCUCGUGGAGUAUAGUGCAUUCAUAUCCUUUCUGCUGGAGAUCAGACACCCCAUUAGUAUAUAAAGCAGUAGCUUCUUGGUUUCUUAAAGUAGAGGACAUGCGGCAGCAGCUGCAGCGCAGCAGCAGCAGCAGCAAGUGGGUGCCUCAGUCGUUACAAGAUAAAAGAUUUAAUAACUGGCUAGCAGAAGCAAAAGAUUGGUGCAUCAGCAGAAACAGAUUCUGGGGGACGCCGCUCCCUCUUUGGGUUAGCGAAGACUUCCAGCAAAUCGUCUGCAUAGGAAGUGUAGCAGAGCUGGAGGAGAAGUCCGGUUGUCAUGUGGAGGAUUUACACCGCGACGCCAUCGACGAUAUUACAAUUGCAGACCCAAGAGGACCAGAGUUUCCUCCUCUUAGAAGAGUUGAAGAAGUCUUUGACUGUUGGUUUGAAAGCGGAUCGAUGCCGUAUGCACAGCUGCACUAUCCCUUCGAAAACAAAGAGAGAUUUGAAGAGACAUUCCCUGCAGAUUUCGUUGCUGAGGGUUUGGAUCAAACUCGCGGUUGGUUUUAUACGAUGUUAGUAAUAUCGACAGCUUUAUUCAACAAACCCCCCUUCAAGAACCUCAUUGCAAACGGUUUAGUAUUAGCUGCUGAUGGACGUAAGAUGAGCAAACGGCUGCAGAAUUAUCCAGCCAUUGAAGAAGUUGUAAACGCAUUUGGUGCAGAUCCUCUUCGGCUGUAUUUGCUUAACUCUCCUGUUGUUAAAGGAGAGACUCUAAACUUUAAACAAGAAGGAGUUAAAGAUAUUAUUAAAGAUGUGCUGCUGCCCUGGUAUCAUGCCACAAGGUUCUUUAUUCAAGAAGUGAUUAGAUAUGAGUCAAAGACAAAAAGAAAGUUUGAAGUUGCGACGGAAGAAGCAGAGAAAAACAGAAAAAAUUGCAUGGAUAGGUGGAUCCUCUCUGAGACCCAGCGCACUGUAAAGUUCGUGAAGGAGGAGAUUGAAGCCUACCGUCUGUACACCCUGGUGCCUCAACUCCUUUCCUUCCUUGAGCUCCUCACUAACUGGUAUUUGCGUUUAAAUAGAGAUCGUAUGAGAGGAGCUGCAGGCCCAGAAGAAACUCUAGAGGCAUUGCAAACCCUUUUCUCUGUUCUUCUCACCACCAUAGCUCCUUUAACUCCUUUCAUGAGCGAGUUUCUCUACCAAGCCCUUAAAAAGGGUUUACCUUCCUCUCAUCAUUUAUAUGCUGAGAGCGUUCAUUUUGUUUUGCUGCCGCCGCCUAAAGACGAACUGAGAGAUGAAAGAGUUGAAGAAAAAAUGAAGCGCAUGCAAAGCGUGAUAAUAAUGGGUCGGACGCUGAGAGAAAGAAGAAAAGUGCCGCUGAAGACUCCUGUCUCGUUGCUUCGCUGUCUCGUCUCCAAUGAACAGCACUCCACAGACCUGCAGGAGACAGAAAAUUAUAUUAGAGAGGAAUUGAACGCGUGCGAGAUGGAGGUCUCAGUUGACAAGUCAGAGGCCCCGUUGUCUCUAACUCUGAAUUUUAAGGCUCUGGGGCCCCGUGUAGGAAAGGCGCUGCAGCAGCUGCAAGCAGCAGCAAAGUGCUGCUCUCAAGAGCAGCUUAGAAGGUUUGAAAAAGAAGGACAGAUUGAAGUAGCAGGAAUGAUACUGUCUGCUGAUGAUGCGUUCAUACAAAGAGAAACGCCAAAGGUCGAUAACCCAAACCUCGCUGUACACUGCGACAGAUCUGCUGUUGUUAUAAUGGACUUCACCGAAGACCCCGCGUUGCAGCGCAAGGCCGUAGCGAGGGAGAUCGCUAAUCGUGUGCAGAAGCUGAGAAAACAGCUGCAGCUGCAGCAGCAUGACGAGGUUUUGAUGUUUGCUUCAUCCACUGACGCUUCUUUAUCUGUUGUUUUGCAAGAAGAAGCAGAGUAUAUUGCAAAUUGUUUAAGAAGACCUUUAAGGAAAUGGCCGGGAGAUAAACACGUAGAAGAUAGCGAAAUUAUGCAUCAAGACACAUACACCGUAGCGGGUUCUCCUCUUACUCUUACUUUUGUUAAGAAUUGA